AUGAUGGAAGUCACGAUUGUUGGGUCAAUUAACACGGAUCUUAUGUGCUACACAGAUAAAUUCCCCAUUCCUGGUGAGACAAUAGUUGGAGCAAAGUUCGCGAUUGGAUUUGGAGGUAAGGGGGCCAACCAGUGUGUUGCAGCGAGAAAGCUUGGUGCCAAAACCUCCCUUGUUUCACGAGUAGGUGAUGAUUACUUUGGAAGAGACUAUAUUGAAUACCUGAAAAGAGUCGGUGUAGAGACAGACACCAUAAAAAUAAGUCAUACUGCUAAUAGUGGCGUGGCGGUUAUUACUGUGGAGCGGGAUUACGGAAACAACAACAUUGUGGUAAUUCCUGGGGCCAAUGAGGAAAUCUCAGUUGAUGACGUUGAGGAGGCACAUAGUAAGGGACUCGUUAGCAAAAAAGUGAUGGGAUGCCAGUUCGAGUCGAAUGCCGAGGCAACGCUUUAUGCACUAGAACAAGCAAAGAAGCGCGGUCUCGUUACAAUAUUGGACCCUGCUCCCGCUCCAAAUCCUGGUUCGCCUUUUCUUCCUUUACUGAAACGUUUUAUGGAAGCGUCGACGAUGGUCUGCCCCAACGAAACUGAGGCGGCAGUCCUUACAGGCAUUCCCGUCCCUGAUUUUGUGGGGAAAAGCUCCUUUCAGAUUGCUGAGUCGGCCCUGGAGUGGCUCUUGCAUCUGGAAGAGGCCGGUGUAACCUACCCUUUGGUCACCCUUGGCGCCAAUGGAGUGGUCGGUCUGCUGCCCAAAUGUGAGGGCGACUCUACUCGCGCCGACGACGUAACUAUGCUGAAGUCGGACUUGAUAACCAGUGACAAGGCUAUCUUUCACAUUCGCUGUCCAGUCUACUCGAAGGUGGUCGACACCACUGCGGCCGGCGAUUGCUUUGCUGGCUCUCUAGCUUUCUACAUGGCCCGAUACCCCGAGAUCACGAUCGUGGAGAAGCUACGUCGAUCCGUCUGGAUCGCCAGUCAGUCGGUCCUGCGACACGGCACUCAAGCCAGCUUCUACGAACGCCACGAGCUCCCAGACGAGCUGUUUGAAAGUGCAGAAUUCCGGUGGCCCCAGACCUCAGACACGUGUAUUUUGCAGCCUUUUGUAGAAAAGAUUCUCCCCUGA